CUGGAGACCAUUUUCACAAGCUACUCCCACUCGAGUGAGGGGGAGAAUCGGAAUGGAAACUAGCGCAAGAGGGAUAUACGAGUGAAGAAAAGCAGAGGGUUGGGAGAGGAGGAGGUGGGUGACGCUGCACGAAGACAAGCCAGUUCCGGUUGCUACAGUAACACCUGUUUGAAGGACCAUCAAAACAAGUCUCUUCAAAUGUGAAUAAUAUGAAUUGAUUCUCAUGGAGACUCUCUCAAGCCUAUAUGAGACUACAGGCUUCUAAGGUGUCUGGUUGAAGACACAAGGCAAGAUGGACAUGGAGGGCAGGCGGCGGAGCUGAGGAGUCUUUGCCAUCACAGUUGCAGCCGAAAGAGAGGGGACUAGGCAAGCUUGUGUGAAUGUUGGCAGAGUUAAGGAACGCGGCAGGAUGGCGUCCACGGGCACGCAGAUCUUCGCCUUCGUGCUGGCAUUGCUAGGCAUCCUAGGUGCCACGGUGGCCACGUUACUGCCUAACUGGAAGGUGAGCGCGGAUGUUGGUUCCAACAUCAUCACUGCCAUCUCGCAGAUGCAGGGGCUGUGGAUGGACUGCACCUGGUACAGCACAGGCAUGUUCAGCUGUACACUAAAAUACUCUGUUCUGGCACUGCCUGCAUACCUGCAGACGGCACGCACCACUAUGGUGCUUUCCUGCGUGUUGGCAGCACUGGGAUUGUGUUUGGCCUCUUUGGGUUUAAAGUGCACUCGCUGGGGUGGGGGACGGCGUGCUAAACGUCACGCUGCCAUGGCUGCCGGCACCUGCUUUCUGGCCUCUGGCUUUCUCUGCCUUGUUCCUGCCUCCUGGUACACAAAUGAGGUUAUUGUCAGUUUCCUAGACGCCAAUGUGCCUGAAAGCAACAAGUUCGAGCCGGGCGGUGCCGUCUACGUAGCCUUCGUCUCGUCUGGUUUCCUUCUCGUGGGUGGAUCCAUUUUCUGUCUGUCCUGCUCGGGUAAGCGACACGGCCCCCAGGAUUUGAUACUUCUCCCUCCUGACAAACUCCUCCUGCAGCAGCAGCAGCAACUGCUGCAACAACAGCAGCAACAGGACCAGCUCCAGCACCAAUACUGUUCUCUCUCACCGCUGGAUAACAAGACUGGCUACAGCCUGCAGGACUACGUAUAGGCAACUGAUAGUUCUGGAGCAAGACAAGUGCAAUGCACUGCCACUCGACCUCUUGGCUCUCGUGAUUACAACAUGAAAAAGCGAGAGGGACCACAACUUUGAAGCAUUUCCCUUAUCAUUUCCGUCUCUCCCCUUUUUAUGAUCAGCAAGCACAAAACGGUGGAAGUAUUCCCUUAAGCGACGUCUACGAACAGACGGAUCAUGAAUACUGAGGGGCGAGUGGCAGCAACACUGCAGUAGCGACAGCUCAAGCAGUGUGAAAGACUGAGCAAGAUGAUAAAUAAAUGCACAUAUCCAGCAUCCUAGUAAAUCUUAUUAAAGUGUUCCUCUGGGAACGAAUUAGCAACAAGGGAAUGUUUCUGCUACUUCAAAUCCCACCCCUCUUCCCAAAGAUCUGAACUCAGAAGCAAUCGUUUAGCUGCUAACAAUCGUUUGGUAACCUCUGUUUAAAGGAAGAUGGCAAUAUGUCUCUUAGAGGCAACAGUAUGGGAGCUUUCCUUGUUUGGGAGAUUCUUUGCUUUUCUAUUCUAUUUGUGUAAUGGUUGUGUUAAUGAAAUCUCUUGUCUUAUUUUGGUAGCUGAUAGAAUGAUUGCUAUUCUGCCUAAGCAUGCGUUCUGGAGCCUGUGCAUAAUGCAGUGGAAUGCCGGAUGUAGACUGAAUUGUAGCCAUAUAGCCCGUGCCUAAAGAGCUGUAGUACACAAACCGCUGAAACUGUUUGGAGAGAAGUAGGAGGAGAGAGUGAAUAGGGGUUGCUGGGUCAGGCAUGUAUGGGAAAAUCAUAUAGAGACUGAGAGGAGACUGCCCCUUCUUACGUCAAAUGGACAAUGUAAUGUUGUGCUGUUCAACACUUUCGUAUUUUGCCCCAGACAAAAGCAAGCUGCCUUCAGCUCAGGGCAUGCUGUUUGCCGCUCUAUCAGUCACAUACUUUCAUACACUUACCAUGCUGCAUGUGUGCUUUUUACUCAUUCUGCUGCUCACUGCCAUGGAAACGGGAUUCUACACCCAAAUACGUGUAUUGUCUAGGGGUCGUGUCUCUCUGCACACUCACAGAGGAUGGUGGUCCUGUCUGUGACGAGCUGGAGGCUGUCAUAAAUCACUCCACCCAACAGCAGAGGAUUGGUGUCUAGAGACCAAGCCUCUGCAACACCCCUUCUCUCAGAUGGGAGGGUACAUCUGACCACCCCCGAGCUUGAGAAUAUGAUCAGUAGACAAUAUACGUGCAGCAGUUUUAUUUUAGAGACAUAACGUCAACAAAGACAAGAUUGAGUUUCGGUAAUUGGCAGCGAUUUUAUGGAAGCAUGUGGAACCUGAUAAGGCUGCAAUCUGCUUGUGUCCACUCUCACAGGAAGUAGUCCUUUGCCAAAUGACUUUCCUUUUUUCCAAAUUUGAACAAGCAGCCACAUUUGCCUACCAAUGCAUCAGCAGUGUAUCUGCUGACAGAUUGUCACCUACAAGGGGCUCUUUACGUCAUCUUAAAGGAAUAUUUCAGAUCAUUCUUAACGUCUGUGGACAUCAUCUGUGGCAUCCUGUCAAUUACCAGAGAAAGGGAAACAGUUAAACAUUUAAAGUGUUUAUUUACGGUGCUGCUCACAUACCUUUCAUAUUACUAUGAAAGGAUAGUUCUCCCAAAAAUGAACACUUUGUCAUCAUUUACUCACCCUCAAGUUGACCCAAACCGGUAUGAGUUUGAACUCCUACAGUUUUGGAACUUGUAUGAAGUCAAUGGCUACCAGGAAC